AUUCCAAACACAUGCAUGAUGACGCCUCAUUGGACCAACACAUUUCCUCGUUGAAUCCACCCCUUUUUCUCCUCUUCGUCUCUCUCAACACCGCUUUCUUCUGUUCCUAAUUCUAGUCUCUUCUUCCAAAGUGAUUCAAAGAAGAUGUUGCAAUUACUCUACACUGCGAUUUUCAGCGAAAUGCUUCUGAUUCUCACCCUAGUUUUUAAGACCCCUCUCAGAAAACUGGUCAUCAUUUCCCUCGAUCGGGUCAAACGCGGCCGUGGCCCCAUCGUUGUGUCCACCGUGGGCGCCACAUUGGUGGUGGUUCUCUCUUCCAGCCUCUACAGCAUGGCCAAGAUCCAGCAACGCAUCCUCGAGGCCGGUAUACUCAACCCCACCGACCAAGUUCUUAUGUCCAACCACAUGCUCGAAGCCUCUCUCAUGGGGUUUUUGUUGUUCCUCUCUCUGAUGAUUGAUAGAUUGCAUCACUACAUAAGAGAGCUUCGUUUACUCAGAAAGGCCAUGGAAGCUAUUAAGAAACAAAGCCGAAGUUUUGAAGAUGACAAAAAUGGUAAUACAGAGGAACUGAAAGCAUUGACAGAAGAAAUUGCCACAUUGAAGUCCAAAAUUAAGAAACUGGAAUCUGAAUGUGAGACAAAAGGACAUGAGGCUAAGUCUUUGGAAACUGAAGUAGAAGCUCAUAAAAAGCAGUCGGAGGGUUUCCUUAUGGAGUAUGAUCGCCUGUUGGAAGACAAUCAGAGUCUUCGGAGUCAGUUACAGGCCCUUGAGAGCUCUUUGCAAUCCUCAUAAUAAAAAGAAUAUGUGAUUUCGUUGAAAUAUCUAAAAUAAAACUCUAUCAUUUGUUUAACUACUGUUUGAUGCCUCAUACUUUCUUAAUGAGGUCACAUAUGUAUAUAAGUAUUUGAAACAGAUUAACCCUGGAUUGAGUGAACUUGUUGCGUUUUAAGCAGCUCACAUUAUAUAUGAGUUUAUUAGCCUAU